ACAAGUAAUUUGAAAUGAUUUCAAUAGAAUAAAGAGAAAAAAUUUGCAACUUUAAUUUGAUUUUAUUCAAUAAAUAAACAAGUGGAAUUGGAAUGUUUGAAUAAUAAAGAAGUUUUGAAAGUAUGAGUGUGCUCUUAAAAAAGUUCUAAGUUGGCGGGCUUUUGACUUGAUUGUUCGGACUGCUGCCAUCUAAAAAAAAAGCGCCAAAAUAUAAACAAUAUAAAAAAUGGAGCACCAAACGAAAAAUAGAAUCAGUUUUGAAUCUACUGAUUUAUCAGCCAUGUCUGGAUGGACAGGUCAGGAAAAAAAAUUCGAUCAUGUAACAGUAAGCAUUUUUCCUUACAAGGAAGUGGAAAACAGGUUUUCUCAAGAAGUGGCAGAAAAAUUAGCGAGUUCCCUAGUACCAGGUAGACAAUAGAGUGAAUAGAACAACGGUGUCUCGGAGAUUUGCGUUACUUGUGCACUUCAGCAAGUUCUACAAUCUACAUUGAACAUAGUCCCACACCUGGUACUGUCCCACCUGAUCAUUGAGCCAGUGGGGGGCAUUCUUGGUAUCUGGUGGGGCUCAAGAGCAGUCGUCAGUGAGCUCAGGUACGUCGAGCGAGAGCGAGCUGUUGAAAAAUCUCAUGAGAAGGCCAAAAAUGGCGUUUCAACGAUAGAAUCAUCGACAAGUGUCGCAAUUUAUCUCUUGGAUAGAUUGUUUUCAUCUUCAGGAAAGUAAUCAAAUAAAAGAAAAUGCAAUCGGUGGAACAACUACGUCCUGAAGAACUGGUGGGUCUUGUGGCCCGUUCAGCAGAAGGUACAGCGGCCAAGGGCAUGCCGAUCAAGGGCAACGAAGAUCUUUGGGUUGAAAUUCAAGCAAAUACCUUCAGGAAUUGGGUCAAUGAGCAUUUGAAACACGCAGGAGAUGCUGGUGGUGGACCGGUUUUGGACUUGGCUGAAGAUUUUCGCGAUGGAACUAGAUUGUGCGCUUUGGUUGAAGUCCUGACAAAAAGAAGACUACCUCGAUGGAAUCCUAGACCUGCUAAUCAACAUCAUCACCUCGAGAACGUGUCUACCGCUUUGCAAGCUAUCGAAGCUGAUGGAGUCAAGCUUGUGAAUAUUGGUAAUGUUGACAUUGUUAAUGGCAACCUGAAACUAAUCCUUGGAUUAAUAUGGUCUCUCAUUGUCAGAUAUCAAAUCGGAAAAUCUAAAUUCCCUCCAAGAAAACUCAUGCUCGCUUGGCUCAAGGCAGUUUUGCCAGAAUGCAGAGUUAACAAUUUUACUACUGAUUGGAAUUCAGGAGUUUAUCUUAGUGCCCUCUUGGAUUAUUGUAAACCAGGACUCUUUCCUCAUUGGAGGCAACUGGAUCGUACUGACAGUGUUUACAACUGUCGGAAAGCCAUGGAAAUAGCAAAAAGAGAAUUCGAUAUUCCAGUUGUUUUAGAACCUGAAUAUUUGGCAUCUCCAUACCUCGAUGAACUCUCAGGAAUGACCUAUCUAUCUUACUUUAUGAAAGAAGGUUCUCCUGGUUUUCAUGCAACUCUACGAUGGGUCAAUUCUCAGUUAACUCAUGCACCUGUACGAAAUUUUACGACUGAUUGGAAUGAUGGUCGAGCUCUCUGUUCAAUUGUAAGGAACCUCGGUGGUCCAGCACCAACUUACGAUAAAAUUAAUACUGAUCCCAGCUAUUGGGAAUCAAAUCUCCAACAAGGAAUUGAUGGAGCGAAAAAAUUAGGAGUAGAACCUAUAUUAAAGGCUAAAGACAUGGCUGAUCAAAAUGUUGAACAUCUUGGAGUCAUGGCUUAUGCUGCUCACUUUCAGUGGGUUAAACCUCGUCCCCAAGCGAGCGAACAACUUGCGGUACAUGUGGAGACUACAUCUGCAAGAGUUCAACAACCGGCAACAUUCAGACUUGAGAUGUUGUCGAAAGAAGUACAUCCGCGGGAAGUAAGAGGAGAAAUUAUCAGUCCCAGUGGUAAAGUCGAAUGUAGACUCACCUGGAAUGGCACUCAUGGCAAAGGAACAUUCGUGCCGACUGAAGUAGGAAUGCACAAGCUAAUGGUCUACAAUGAUGGAGAACUCGUCAAUGGAUGUCCUUAUUACUUCAGAGUCUUACCUCCGUUAACCAAAAUCAAAUCUCCUGGCAUGGAUCCAUGCGGUAUUGGAUCUAUUGUCGAGGUUCUAGUCAACAGUUACGGAACUAGUCAUGACGGCAUUGACGUAACAGCUUGGUCUCCAACGGGUAGAUCUCUUCCUUGUCCAGUCAAAGAAAAUGGUGGAGUCCAUACAGCUACGUUUCAACCUGAUGAAACAGGCGAGUGGAGUAUUGCAAUUACUCAUAAAGGAACUCACAUUCAAGGAGGUCCAUUCACCUGCUUCGUUUUUGAUCCCAACGGAAUAAAGUUGGUUGACACAGAAGGAGCAAUACCAGGUCAGCCAUUUUCAUUUAUCGUCGAUGCAACAGGAACAGGCGGCCUGGGUGACGUAAACAUUGACAUCGUCCAUGACAAGCAAUCAGUGCCUUUUCGAAUGGAAGAUAUUGGUCGGAUGAGGUAUCGUGUAUUCAUGGUACCGAGAGAAUCUGGAAAAUAUCGUGUAUAUCUUUACUUCAACGGUUCAGAUGUAAGAGGAUCUCCAAUCUCCAUUCGUGUUGGUUCUCAUAGAAGCAGAAGAUCUAAAGAAUCAUCUAGCUAUGAAAGGUCAAAAAUUUCAUCAUUAGAAAAGCGAAUGAAUGGAUUAAAUAUGACAGAUCAUUCUGGAAUCAAUCAGAAACGACAUUCGCCAGUAUACAAAAACAGCUCUCACAGUCCUACUCAAAAUUAUCGAGAUUAUUCCCAUCACCAAUCGUCUUAUAAGACUUCAAAUUAUAUUACAGAAAAUUCUUCAUCUUCUUAUCAAGUCCCAAGUCCUUUAACAGCUUCCAGAUCUCCAGUUCAGAAUUCCAGUCCAUCUCUAAUAAAAGAAUCACGUGAAAUUUAUUCCUCUAGUACAUUUAAUAGAUCAAGGUCUCCAAAUAUCAAUCAGAGUCCUAGUCUAAUCAAAGAAUCUAAGGAUAUUUAUGCAUCGAGUUCAUUAAAUCGAUCGAGAUCACCAAACAUCAGAGAAACUCGAGAGUCUCAGACCUCGAGUGUUAUUAAAGAAUCAAAAGAUAUCUAUCAAUCGAGUACGUUGAACCGAUCACGAUCGCCAGGUGUCAGUCCUAUGGCUUACCGGAGUAAUGGAAGUCCAAUUAAUAGGAGUUUUAGUCCUAGAGUUAAUGGAAAGAGACGAGGAUCAGCGGAUAGUGGGGUUAUUGAUACCAGCUCUAAUGUUAGAGUAUCAUCUACUCUUGGUGGAACGCCGAGGAGAGACUCUUGGGACGCAAUCACCAAGACAAAAGCGAUGUUAUCGUACGGAAGUCUCGAAUCACUCGCAAAUCUAGCCAACAGCUCUCUAGAUCACACGACUACUAACUUUAUAAAUGACAAUAAUUACCGAAAUGGUUACGAUAAAUAUAAUUCUUCGAAUGUUGAAAGAUCUCAUGUGGAAAAUUCAAAAAACUACAUGUCUCAGCGAUACACGAGUGAUUAUCGGUCUUCCUCACCAAAGUAUAAUGGAGGAAUCGUAUCAGAAAAUCAGAAUGGCCGAAGUCAAACUCAUGGAAUUUUGAAAAAUAGAAAUAACAAUUAUUAUAAAUCUUCUGAUACUACAGAUGCGAUUCAUGAACGAUUUAUCAACAGUGAAUCAUCUUUUAUGUCAACUCAAGAACGUCGAAAAGGAUCGUCGGCGGCUUUCGGAACAGCUCUUGAUGUUCUACCACUUCAUAAACCUACUUCUUUUACUUUGGAUUCUAGUAUAGAUGGAAGUAAAGCUGUUGUUACAGUUACCGGACCAAAUGGGAAGCAAGUACCUUAUCAAAAGUCAACUCUCAGAGGCUAUACGUAUACUAUAACAGCUGAUGAAGUUGGAGAACACACCAUUCAAGUUACUAUUAAUGGUCAACACAUCAAAGGAUCACCAUUUAGGUCUCAAGCUUAUGAUGCAACGGCAAUCCGAGUAGAAAAUGUUCCGGAUGGCGUCGUCAAUCAACCCGUCGAAUUCGAAAUUGAUGGUUCCAGAGCUGGCUCAGGGAACCUCGAAAUAUUGGUGAACGGUGGCCAUGUAACAAGUUUCGUUAAAGCACUGGGUAGUCAUCGUUUCUUGGCGUCUUUUGUACCUCAUGAGGCUGUAACUCAUCUCGUUGAGAUGACGUUUAAUGGCGAAACGGUGCCAGGAUCACCUUGGAGAGUGGGCAUCAUGCCGGGACCGAAAAUGUCGGUCCUUGGGGACUCAGUAAGGCUUGUACCUGCUGGAAGUCCUGCCCUUUUUGAACUCUCCGCCCUGGGUUUCACAAGUAAAGAGAUUGAUGUGCAGAUAAUAACUCCAUCAAAGAAACAUAUAAAUGCACGAAUUGAUGAGGAACCAGGGCGUCCAGGUGAGUUCCGUGUGGAAUUUACUCCAACAGAGGUCGGAAGUCAUCUGGUCGAGGUGAGCAUCGCGGGACAAAAGCUACCGGCUGGUCCACUUAUCGCCAAAGUCUACAACAGCAGCCUUAUUCAAGUUACUGAUGUACCCAGUGCCGUAGUUGGCCAUGCCUGUCAAUUUAGAGUUGAUGCCAGUGCAGCUGGCGAAGGCCAGUUAGAAAUAUCUAUUAAUGAAGGUGAAGUGCCGAACCAUGUUCAAGUAGUUGGAGGAGGUCGUUGUCUUGUAUCAUUCACUCCAGAAGCUGCUAAACCUCACUAUAUUGAUAUAAAAUUUAACGGUGAAGCUGUACCAGGAUGUCCUUUUGUUUGCAACGUUUCUGAUACUAGCAGAGUCACAUUAAGCCUAAAUCAUCUAGAAUUAAUACCCGUGGAUCAACCAGCCAGCUUCCAUAUGGCAGUUGAUGGUAGUGGUAGUGCAGAACUUGCAGUUUCUGUUCGAGGACCAACGAUAGAGUUGCCCGUAAAGGUAACAGGCAACAUCCACAGCGGAUUCACAGCAGAAUUUACACCAAGAGACGUAGGAGUACAUUCGAUAAGUGUAGAGUACAACGGGCAUCCUGUAAAUGGAACGCCUUUCCUUGCGAAAGCUUUCAAUGCUGAUAAAGUCAUCAUUGGACCCGUUGCACGAGGCAGCGUUGGACAACCUACUCACUUCACCGUGGAUGCAAGUCAAGCUGGCGAGGGAAAUCUAGAGAUCACGAUCUCAGCCCGAGGUCAAAAUAUCCCCACUCAAGUGACUCCCCAGGGCAAUGCACGAUUUUCCGUGAGCUUCGUGCCCUUCGAGGCAUGCGAACAUGUAAUAAAUAUUGCGUUUAACAAACGCACUGUCCCAGGUUGCCCGAUAAUUACAAGGGUGGGUGGCGACAGUCAUGUUACUGUCAGUGGACAGGCAUUAAGUAGCGUUGGCUUGGGACGUCAGAGUCAUCUGACUGUCAGUAAUGUUUCCGGUAGCUUGGAAGACUUAGAAGUUAACGUUGAAGGACCCAAUGGACAGGCCGUACCAGCUCAAGUCACCGACAAUAAAGACACGACCUGCAGUGUUGCGUUUACACCUCGUGUUGUUGGUGAACAUAGAAUUUCUGUCAGCCAUCGAAACGUUCCGGUGGCUGGAAGUCCAUUCAGCUGUAAAGUCUACGAUGUCACUGCCAUCAAAGUCAAGGAUGCUAAACGAGGAGUCGUGGGAAUGCCUGUUACAUUUCUAGUGGAAACCAGCCAGGCAGGCCCAGGAAAUUUAGAAGUGACAGUAAAUGGAGGUCGUGUGCCUACUUCAGCUCAAGCGCAGGGUCCUCAUACUUAUGCCAUUUCUUUUACUCCACGAGAGCCUGUUGUUCACACUGUCGACUUGAGGUUCAAUGGAGAAGACGUACCUGGAAGUCCAUUCAGUUGUCAAGUAAGCGAUACAGCAAAGGUAUUGAUCACUGAAGGAUUGGAAAAAGUGUCAGUAAACCGCCUAGCAACAUUCACAAUUGAAGCAGAUGCUUCUCUAGGUACUCCAAGCGUAGAAGUGUUGUCACCAACAAGGGAAAGUCUUCCAGUGCAGAUAAAGCAAAGUGUACAUGGCUCUUACACAGCAGGAUUUACGCCAAAAGACGUUGGUGAUCACAGUGUGGAGGUGAAAUUAGGCGGAUCUCAUGUGGAAGGAAGUCCAUUCCUCGUGAAAGCGUAUAAUGCGAAUAAAGUUAAAGUGACCGACAUUAACAGUGGAGUUGUUGGAAAGCCAGUAUUUUUCAGCAUCAACGCAAGUCAAGCAGGAGCAGGAAAUCUUGAAAUAAUCGUCGCAGUGAAUGGUAAAAACGUGCCAAAUUAUGUUCAAAGUGAAGGAAACGCUAAGUUCCGAGUGAAUUUUAAGCCUCAAGAGGCAGCGAUGCACAGUCUUAGUGUUCGCUUCAACGGAGAACCAGUACCAGGAUCACCCUUUAGCUGUAAGGUUGUUGGAAUAGGGCAAGCAAUCAUCACCGGAAGUAAUCUAAAGAUGGGAGCAGUCAAGCGAUUAAUUGCGUUCACAGUAGACCCUCAGGCUCCAACAAUUAAUUGCGACGUUAUCGUCACACCUCCAUCGAACAUCGCCCUGCCGAUUACAAUAGAACCCGUUGAUGGAAAAUACAAUAUUAGUUUCACACCUACGGAAGUGGGAAGACAUAAUAUCAGUGUUUUAGUGGAUGGGGAACCUAUCAAAGGAUCUCCAUUUGCGUGUAACAUUUAUGAUGUCACAAAAGUUCAUGUUUCCGGUCUAACAGAAGCACGUCUUGGUCAAGCGACAACUUUCACUGUUGAUGCAGCAGAAGCUGGCGAAGGAACACUCGAACUUGUUGUCAGUACUGAAAACAAUACCGUCAAAGCUGAAGUAGUCGCUUGUGCUCGAGGGCUUUAUGAUGUCACUUUCGUCCCACAGACAACAAGCACGCAUUAUGUUAACAUCAGCUUCAAUGAUGACAAUGUGCCGGGAAGUCCAUUUAAAUGUCCUGUGGUCGGAGGAACCCUCGAUGGUCCAACUAUUAUCAGGGUUGGUAAUACUGCUCAUCUAGAUCUAGACAUGCCGAGAUUGGAAGGCCCGGUAUCUGCAGAAGUCACUGGUCCUGAUGGGAUCAUUAUUCCUUGCACUUUGACUAAAUUGUCUGCAAGUCUUUAUAGAGUAGAAGUUAGAACAAGGAUGGUUGGAAAUUAUAAUGUUAUUUUUAGUGAUGGUCAUAAAGUCAUUAACUCACAGACUCUUCAAGCUUUUGAUCCUUCUAAGGUUACCAUUAAAGAAAUUUCUGAUGCAAUUUGUCAUCGGCCUGGAACUAUUGUUGUUGUGGCAUCAAAAGAAGCAGGUCCAGGCAAACUGACAGCAACUGUUCGAGCAGGAGGUGUUGACGUGGACAAUGUAGUUCGAGAAGCUGAUAACGGAGUUUAUGAAGUAAUUUUCCAUCCAACACGAGCAGCUCCUCAUCGGCUUCAUAUCAAAUAUAACGAUGUGCACAUUCAAGGCAGUCCUUUAGAGGUUUCUGUGCGAGGUCCCACCGGAGGUCGUGAAGUAACAGCUACGGGUCUUGGUCUUUACCAAUCGUGCGUUGGAAAAGUGACUUCAUUCACAAUAGAAACUCUCGGAAGACCAGGAAAAGAGUUUGAUGUUGUGAUCAGCGGGCCUCAAGGAAAUGCAGUUCCUGUUAGAUGUUAUCAGCAUAGAGAUGGAAAUCUGUUGGCUGAGUUUACAACGAAUUCUAUUGGAAAAUACAAAAUUGAUGUUCUGCAAGGUACGAAACCUGUAUUAGGUUCUCCAUUUUUCUGUCAAGCAUUUGAUCCAAGCAAAGUAAAACUUCAAGAAUUAGGACCAACAACAGUAUCUGUUCAUGAUCGCAUUGCUUUUAAACUUAUUAAAUCUGAUGCCGGAAUAGCUGAUCUUGAUGUGACAGCAACAAGUCCUUUAGGUCAGGAAUUACCUCUUCAAGUAUCGUCAUUUAACGACGGAGCGGAAAUGAUUGAAUUCUCACCAAGUGUUCCUGGUUCUUAUAUGGUCAACGUGACUUAUGGCGGUUGCUCAAUACCAGGAAGCCCAGUUGUAUGUACUGUAGAAUCGGCAGGCCAAGCUCGAGCAAAAGGAGAAGGCUUAUUAAAUGGUCAUGUGGGUAAACCAUCACACUUUAUUGUAACAGGAACACGUAGUCCACCAGCAGUGCAAGUAGAUGGGCCUGACAGUAUUUCAAAACCAACAAUUGAAGCAGGAGCUAAUCCAGGUACAUGGAAUGUGUCUUAUGUUCCGACAGAAGUUGGAGUCUUUGAUGUAAGAGUUGUUUGUGCUGGUCAACAAUUACCAGGAUCACCCUGGCAUCCUAAAAUUAUCGACACACGAAAUUUACGAGUCAUUGGUGGCUGGGCAGCUAUUUGUGAUGAUGUGGGACGUCUUAAAAUUGGUCCAACUUCAAAAAUAAGCUUUGAUACUGCAGAAGCUGGACCUGGAGAACUUACUGGAACUAUUGACGAUCAUCCAAUCAACUUUGAAAUGACAUCCAGCCAUAGGCUGAAGCUGAUUCCACCUCAGUUGAGUGGCGGAGAACAUCACAUGGAGAUUCUUUUCAAUGGAGUACCUUUUCCAGGUGCUCCUAAACUUGCUAUUGUUCAAGAAUUAGAGCCUCAAGACACCAGUAGAGUCAUGUUAAGAGGUAGAGGUCUUACUUCAGCUAAAGUUGGGGAAGAAGUUAGUUUUACUAUUGAUGGAUCACAAGCUGGAAGUGGCACCCCAAAAGUUCAAUUAUUUUCUCCAACUGCUGAAGUCAAUGUUAUGCUCCAACAUCUUGGAGACAGUGUUUAUAGAGCCAGUUAUAUUCCGUUAACUCCAGAGUCACUUUUAAUGACAGUUUCAUGGAAUGGAAGACAGUUGAAAGGCUGUCCACUUCAGAUAAAUGUCACAAGUGCUGCUGAUGCUUCAAGAGUAAUUUGUUCAGGUGAUGGACUGAAGAACGGUAUUGUAGGGCAAGAAAUUAGGAGUUUUAUUGACACUAGGCGGGCUGGGCCAGGAGAAUUAACUGCUCAUUGUGUUGGACCACAUAAAGUAGCCUAUUGUGAACUUUACGAUCAUGGAGAUGCUACUUUUACAUUAAAUGUCAAACCACAAGAGGCUGGCAGACAUGCUUUAACGAUAAAAUAUGCUGGAGAACAUGUUCCUGGAUCUCCAUUUACAUUACGUGUUUCUGGAGCUCCUGAUGCAUCAAAAGUAAGAGUCUAUGGACCUGGAAUUGAGCACGGAGUUUUGGCAACAUUCCAAUCGCGGUUUAUUUGCGACACGAGAGGAGCCGGUGCUGGUCAACUUACUGUAAGAGUUAGGGGACCUAAGGGUGCAUUUAGAGUUGAAAUGCAGCGAGAAACACAAAAAGAUCGAAUCAUAUUGUGUCGAUAUGAUCCAACUGAACCAGGAGAUUACAGAGUUGAAGUUCGUUGGGCUGGUGUUCUAGUUCCUGGAUCACCAUUCCCAGUUAGGAUUGUUGACACGCAAGAUGAGUUGCUUUUACUCACGCAGGGUGCAGAUAAUUAUUCGACGGGCCAUCAUACCAUCACUUCUUGGCGUGGAUCUCAAGCUAUUCUUUAAUCCACGUUCUUUUUUGUUGCUAUUUGACAUAAACUAAUAAUAUAUUGCAUAAUAUAUAUUAUAACUUAAUUAUAUUUUCAAUAAAACCAUCGUUUCGCAUAA